AUGAACCGGCACAAUCAGCCUUAUCCUCCCUUCCCGCCGCACCAACAGCCCUUCGGCUACCAGACCGCGCCGUAUCCAUACGCCAACCAGGUUCCGCAGCAGCUGCAGCAACAACAGCAGCAGCAACCACAGUACUUUCAAAGCCUGCCGCAGGGCCACACCGGAAACUCGAGAUCCACCGCGCAGCAGCAGCGACAGCAGCACAACGGCAUCUUCGGCGAUGCUCCCUCGCCUGUCCCCGAAACACCAGGCAAUGGGCCUGGCGCUCCCCCGCCCGAGCCCAACUCGCCGCCAAUCCACUAUGAAGAGAAUCUCAUGAACGUGUUACGGCCAGAAAACGAGAGUCAAUCAAAUGCGAACGGCAACGCGAACGGCGACGCGAAUGAUAACGACGAUGACGACGACGACGAUGAUGGCGAUGUUGACCCGGAUGAGCCGGUCUUUCAGCUUCCGCCCCCGCCAGAAGCAGAGUAUCGGAAUGAAGUAGAGCUCGAGGAUGCCAUUCACGCGUGGAGCAAAGAGCAUGGCUACGAGCUUGUGCGGCGCGCCAGCAAAAAGAACGCCAAGGGUCAGCUGUACAAGCGCUACUUCCAUUGCAGCAAGCACGGCAAGGUCAGCAGCUCCAAGACGCCUCAGAAGGAUCGUGUACGCAUCAACCGCAAAAGCAAUCGUAUUGGGUGUCCCAUGUCCCUCGCUGCCGUAUCUGUGAACCCGCACGACCCUUCGGGGAACUGGCAGAUCCGUCACAGGAAGACACAUCACAAUCACCCAGCUGUCGACGCCAUGCAGCUGGCCGGGCACAGGCGGAGGGCGCGUGCGGGAGGAGUAGAAAAGGCUGUGGAUGGUUUAUUUGCGAUUGGCACCAAGACUACAGAUGUGCUCAAGUUUCUGCAGCGCACGAAUCCGGAGGGAUUAUUUCAGAGGACGGAUGUUGCCAAUAUGAAGCAGAAGUGGCUCAAAUAUGGUACUUGCGCACACCACGGUGACAGCACGGAAAAGCAGCCCCCUCAGAUUCCCAUCACGCCCGGCAAGACUGGUUUUCCGUCAGCAUGCUCGUCUUGCCGUUCGAAGAAAUCGAGAUGCGACAGCGUGCGCCCGGUCUGUGGCACAUGCGCACGAACUAAGACUGCAUGUCAUUACGACCACGACCCUCAUCCUCGAGUGCCGCAGCCCGUGCAGAACAAUGCGCCACGGAAUAACAACAACAAUCACCAACAGACGAGCGCUGGCGCAGAUUCGAUGCAGAUCGACAGUGAGCAGCCUACCAUGAUUGACCUGGGCAAUACGCCAUUGAAUCAGUCGCAGAAUGCAGCUUCAGCGUCGCAGGCGCAGCAGGUCUUUGCGGCAUUAGCAGCCUUCCAGCAGGAACACGUCAAGCCUCAGCGGCUGACACUCGAGCACAGCUCUGUGCAAAGCCUUGCCUCAUCUACGUGCGGCAGCGGUGAAAGCUACAAGGCUUCAAUACCACGACAAUUUGUCAUCGGUAAUGAUUGGCGCAUGUAUCGGGAUGCAUUUGAAUCUGCUGCAAUCAAGGAGAACUGCGCGGAUGUGCUGCGAGGUGAUCUGAAGGAGCCCACGAAAAUCGCAUCGCCUCCUGACGCCAGCGAAAUUCCUGUUGAGGAGCACAAUGAGUAUGUCAAGCAGCUGGCCAUCUUCAGACGCCGCAAUGACAUGCUCAAGCUUGGCUUCCGCGAAACGCUCAGUCCUGGUCUCUGGAAUCGGGUCCGCCUAUUGCACACCGCCCACGAGAUAUGGACAGCGCUGGAGGACAUGUGCAUGCCGAGAGGUAGUGAUCAAGCCUACGUCCGCUUCAACGAAAUCAGCGGCAUAACGCUGGCCAGCUGCAAUAACAACCUGGAUAAUUAUAUUUUCACGCUGCAACUCAAAGUCGACGAGUACAAUGCGCUGGCGCAUUCGCAUGAGAGUAGGAGGCCUGCGGCUGCUCUGAAUCAGUCGAAUGCGGAGGCGUACAAGCGCAAGAUGGGGGGAAAUGGGACGUUUCCGGAAGAUGUACUGUGCUUUUUGUUCCUGAGAGGAUUGGGCCCUCAGCAUCAGAAUCUUGCUGGGAAUUUGACGAAGAAGCACAACAUUGGCGGAUUUGGAUCUGGUGACAGAAUUGGCUUCAAGGAGCUCACUACGGCAGUGAAGCGCAUGAUGGAGCGAGUCCCCAUUUGCCCACAACUGCCUCUGUCGCUAGCCAUGACUCCUGAUCUCCUCUCCAUACCGGAUUCAUCCAUGAAUGUUCUGCUAGGACCAUAA